UCUGUGAUGAUCUUCAAUGGAACCAAAAACAUUUAUCCAAAACAAACGCCUAAACAGACGCAACCGCGCCAAAAUAAAUAAAUAAAAACAAAAGGACGGAUCUCACACGCGAUAAAGCGAACGUUAAAACACUCGUCAAUCCAAAUCCAUCCAUUUCUAAUUUUAUUUUCUCAGAAUUGCUUGCUCAGUAUCCAACUGUUGGUAAUGGAUUUCUCAUUAUUGAUUGAUUUGAGAGCUUCUGCUAAUUCCUUCUUGUCCAAGUACGAGCCUCUCGCACUGUUUCUCACCGCUUUUCUCACUCUCUUCGUCGGGCGUGUUCUGCAAUCGUUUCUUCACGUUGUUCACGAGAAAGGAUUCAAACAAACCAUCAUAGGGUUUUCCAUGAGUACUAUCAAGUUGAUUCCUGGUGUUAAUAGUUACAUUGAAGCGGAGAAACAGAAGGUUGUGGAUAAGAUGCAGUCUGGUGUUAAAUCUAAACGAGAGGGUUGGAGGAAAGAGUUGCCCUCUGCGGGCUUAGGAGCAACGGUCAUUGAGACAAUGAAAGAGGAAAAAGCAAAAGAUGUAGUUUGGCAAGGAAAAUGUUCCGGUACAGUCUACAUUGCAGGAAGUGAAUCUGAAGGACAUUUUUCCUUGAUAAAUGAGGCAUGUUCAAUGUUUGCGCAUACCAAUCCAUUGCAUUUGGAUGUAUUCCAGAGUGUAGCCCGGUUUGAGGCAGAAGUAGUUGCAAUGACGGCUGCUCUACUGGGCAAUAAAGAAAAGGCUUCUGGAGGACAAGUAUGUGGAAACAUGACAUCAGGAGGAACUGAGAGCAUAUUAUUAGCUGUUAAAUCAUCCCGUGACUACAUGAAAAAUAAGAAGGGAAUUACAAGGCCUGAAAUGAUCAUACCUGAAUCUGCUCACUCAGCAUAUGAUAAAGCAGCGCAAUAUUUUAAUGUCAAGCUGUGGCGUGUUCCUGUUAAUAAAGAAUUUCAAGCUGAUGUCAAAGCAAUAAGACGAUACAUUAACAAAAACACCAUUUUGAUUGUUGGAUCUGCACCUGGGUUUCCUCAUGGCAUCAUCGACCCAAUUGAGGAGCUUGGCGAACUGGCUUCUAGCUAUGGUAUAUGUCUCCAUGUUGACCUCUGUCUUGGUGGCUUUGUGUUGCCUUUUGCUCGAAAACUUGGGUACCCAAUUCCACCAUUUGACUUUUCUGUUCAAGGAGUAACCUCAAUAUCAGUGGAUGUGCAUAAAUAUGGACUGGCUCCAAAAGGAACCAGUGUAGUUUUAUACAGAAAUCAUGAAAUAAGAAAGCAUCAAUUUGUUGCUGUUACUGAGUGGUCAGGUGGGCUAUAUGUGUCUCCAACCAUAGCUGGAAGCAGGCCGGGGGGUUUGAUUGCUGGGGCUUGGGCUGCAAUGAUGUCUCUUGGACAAGAAGGAUACUUGGAGAACACAAAAGCCAUAAUGGAAGUGUCAAAGAGCAUUCAGAAGGGAAUAAAGGAGAUUACUGAAUUAUCUAUAAUUGGAAGACCAGACAUGACAAUUGUGGCAUUUGGAUCUGAUGUUCUUGAUAUAUUUGAAGUGAAUGAUAUUUUGUCUUCCAAGGGCUGGCAUUUGAAUGCAUUACAGAAACCCAACAGCAUUCACAUCUGUGUUACCCUUCAACAUGUGUCAGUGGUUGACGACUUCCUCCAAGAUUUGAGAGAAUCUGUGCAAACUGUGAAAGCAAAUCCAGGUCCAAUAAGUGGUGGCCUAGCACCAAUAUAUGGUGCUGCAGGAAAGAUGCCAGAUAGAGGCAUGGUUUCGGAAUUGUUGGUAAAUUAUAUGGAUUCUACAUGCUAGUCACAUUCCAUCCUGAUUGUUCACAUACUUCUGAUUCAAUGUACUUUGAUUGAAUUUAAACUAUGUUAGAAAACUGUACUAAUAAAUGAUAUACCUACGCUUUAUCUUGAUUGUUUACUCUA